AUGGCUGGUGAUGCAGCUUUUCCCUCUACCACUUGCAUGAUGAUCCUCUUCUUCUCUUUGCUCUUGGCCUUUCAUUUUGCUAUGGCCGUCCCUGAACGCAGCUUAUCCACUUCAACUUCCAUAAAAGAUGGUGCAAAGAAGAGAAACAACAUGGUAGCAGCUUCAGCUAGAGAAGGAAACUCACAAAAUCUCAAGAAGAAAAUCACACCAAAACAAACUACCAAACAAGAUCUCUCGAAGGACCCUGAAAGAGGAAGAUCUCGUGCUCCAAGGCCUUCAAUGGAAUGGAAAAACAAGAUCUUCAAUGCUAAUGAACAUGAAGUGCCUAGUGGUCCAAACCCCAUUUCAAACAGUUCUGUUCAUAUUGUUGUCAUGAAACUGAACCACACGUACCAAUCAUUUAAACACGAGGAUAUGUGUACAUGA